UGUCAUUACAUAUCAUACUGACUUCAUGAUGCAUGUAGAAGGAACCAAAGUCAGUGAAAGCUUUGACCUGUUCCAAUACUAAGAUAACGCUUACAAGAAUUAAAAAAUGUAUCGCUUAAAAUGUCAAGUAAUGGAAUAUGACUGGGGCAGGGUUGGUAACAACUCUCUAGCCGCUCAGUUCGCAAAGAAUGGAAGUGGAUUUGAAGUAAACGAAGAGAAACCAUACGCAGAGCUAUGGAUGGGUUCUUAUCCUUCUUGUCCUUCAACGGUGAUUCAGACUGGCCAAAGUCUUGAUAAAAUAUUGACGCCAGAAACCAUGGGACAAAAAAUCUAUGAGAAGUAUGGUAACCAACUACCUUUUCUGUUCAAGGUCCUUUCUAUCGAUAAGGUGCUCUCAUUGCAAGCUCAUCCUGAUAAAAAGCUUGCAAAAGAAUUGCAUGCCAACGACCCCGAAAACUAUAAGGACGAUAAUCACAAACCUGAAAUGGCGCUUGCUUUGACUCAAUUUCAAGGCCUCUGUGGAUUCCGUCAAGGAGAACAGAUUGUUUCCUUUUUAAAAAACAUCCCUCCUUUGCGCGAAUUUGUUGGAGAGGAGGCUGCUGUGGAAUUUGAAAAGGAAUACAAGAAAAACGAGAAAGAUGCUCUUCGUAAGUUAUUCGAUGUUAUGAUGAAUAAUGAUAAUGAUAAACUCGAAAAAUAUGCUCCUAAACUUGUCCAAUUUGCCAAGGAUACUGAUGAAGAUUUUGGAGGAAAGCCAUUUGGUGGUCAUGAUUUGAGUGCAUUGAUACUUCGUCUCAAUAGUCAAUAUCCCAACGAUAUUGGUCUUUUUAUUACGCUUAUUUUGAACCAUGUAGAUCUAAAACCAGGAGAGUCCAUCUUCCUUCGUGCAUUGGAUCCUCAUGCUUAUAUUGCUGGUAAUAUUAUAGAAUGUAUGGCUUCCAGUGACAACGUCAUCCGUUCGGGAUUCACUUCCAAAUUCAAGGACAAGGGCACAUUGAUCAAAUCUUUAACUUACGAAACCGGUACUGCUGACGAUCAACUUACACGCCCUGUUCCGUUUCCCAAAGCUCACGGUACUGGUAAAACAGUUGUCUACAAGCCUCCUAUUGAAGAAUUCAAUAUCCUUCAAACUACCCUUGCUCCUGAACAAAGUCAAACUAUACGCGACAUAACUGGUCCUAGCAUUCUCAUCGUUGUAGAAGGUAACGGUCUUCUUAAAGGUGAAAAUGGAGAUACAGCUUCAAUUUCCCCCGGUUUCGUGUUCUUUAUCUCCGCGAACUAUCCAUUAACAAUUUCAUCGUCUUCCAAAACGUUGAUAGUUUAUCAAGCGUAUUGCGAAUAAGCACUUUAUUCUCAAUAAAGGUUUUUACAACUCGGCAGACGAUGUAUCAUGAUCUUUCUACUACUCUGCCUUCUACUUUGUGUUAUUUUGUUACUUUUUCCUACUAAAAAAAAAAAAAAAAAAAAACCAAAAAACCAAAAAUAAAAUAAAAACAAAAUUUUUUUGUAUUAAUUAAUUAGUUAAAAAAUGCAAAAAACAAAACCAAAAAAUGCAAAAAGUCAUCAAACAAUGCAAAGUCGUAAUUUAUCU